AUCAGGAAACAAGUCACCGAGAGUCGACAGGAACGACGAGCACGGGAGCAUCGAUGGAGAGUGUGGAAGACGCACUCAAGUACUUGGCCAAGCAGUUCGAGAGCGCCAAUGUGGCGCGAGUGCAAUGGCAAGAUGAGAAGAAGCAGUUCCAGGCGCAGCUGCACGAGCUCGAGGCACAGAAGAAGAUCCAGGACGAUUAUGCCAAGGAACUGGUGCUUCAGGUCAAAAUGCUCGAGUAUGCACUGCAACAAGAGCGAGGACGGUACAUGGCGAUAAUCCCUGCGCCGAAGGACAAGGCCACCAAUCGCGUGGAGCGUGCCAACACAUCCCCCUUCAACAGUCCUCGCAAUGCAGGUGGCGGAGGAGGUGGAGGCGGCAAGGAGCAAACGGUCUUUCGCAAGGGCAGCUCCAACUUAUCCUCUAGUAGUUCGAAUGCCUCGCUGAAGCACUCAGAAACCAAAGGGGAGUCGGAAGUUUCCAGAGGAGGCGGCGGCAGAAACGAGAUUUCUCGCAACGACGUGUCUGUGACCAGGAGCAAAGAAGGCGAGACGUUUAUCUCGCGGCCACGCGUCAAUUCCAAAGCGGACAAGAUACUACCGCCGCCAUCAGUCGCGGCGCCGGUCAAAGGGCCGCCGCCUGUCGAAGUCACGACCAAAGUGAAUGGCAGCUUUCGUGCGUGCAAAAUGAAACUCAAACUCAGUGGCCACUUAGACGGCGUGCGUGCUAUUUGCUUUCACCCGACGGACCCGCUGCUCGUGUCUGGCAGCGAAGAUUGCACGGUCAAGAUAUGGAACCUUGCGUCCAAGAACACAGAAGUCGAACCCGUCGCGACGCUGCGGUUGCACACCGAGAGCGUGCUCGCCGUCGCUGCCAUCAAGCCAGAACAUUCCAGCGGGCUUGGGUUCCGCAACGGCCUCGUUGCCACGGGAAGCAAGGAUGGCACGAUCGGAUUGAUUGCGUUUCCUGAGAUAACUGACAAACCCGUGGAACCACUGGCCUAUGAUGAGUACUACAAGUUUCUCGUGCAUCGAAUGGAAGCACAUCGAGACGCGAUCUGGGGUCUGUAUGCGCAUCCGUACACGAACCUGCUCUUCUCCGCCAGUGCCGACGCCUGUGUCCGCGUGUGGGGCAUCUCUGCCGAACCGACGCUCAAGUGCACGUUGGGGGCGUCUGUGCGGCAGCAUCCGUCCGGCCUGGGUCACAACAUCGAUGGCGUCCUCGUUCCGACCUGCGUGUCGGCAGUCCCGACAAAUGCCGCGACCGUCAUUGCAGGGUACACGUCGUGCACGAUUGGCCAAUACGAUAUCAGCUCGGAGCGGUUGAUUCAGCUGAUGGUGCCGUCGGAAACCGACGUGCGAAUAACAGCGUUUCGGGAAGCCCAAGUCAACUGCGUACGUGUGAUGAUUAUCCUCGUCAUGUGGUCAUCAUGGUGUUGUGGAUAUAUGGGGGGUAGAUGGUGUCGCAUCCGACGAUGCCAUUGGUUGUCGCGGCGCAUCAAGAUCGCCGCAUUCGCUUUUACGAUCUCCGUGCGGGACAAUGCGUGGCCUCCGUGGUGGCCCAUCAGGAUGCCGUGUCGUCGCUGGCACUGGAUGCGUCGGGGCUGUAUGUGGCCUCGGGUGGCCACGAUGGAUCCCUUCGGUUCUGGAGUGUGGCCGAGCGCACCUGUGUCCAUGAACAGUCGGCCCACCGACCCAAGUACGCCGAAGCAGUCCACAGUGUCGCCCACCAUGCCACGCGGGGAUUCGUGGCCACUGGCGGCGCGGACAGCGUGAUUAAAGUAUUCCAAUAAGAAGCCACACAGUUACAGAUA